CAGUUGACAGCUAAAACAGCCUUCGUGUCGUACUGUGUAUUUAUUUAUUUACAUGUAAGAAAACAUAAUUUCUUUGCUUUUAUUACUCGCUUAGUGUGUCGGUGGAGGGAGUUCGGAGUUGCGUGUAAUAUCAUUGAAAAACUACGUCAACAACUCAGUUCUCUUUUAGAUGUUGGACUGUUGAGUUCCGUGUUGUCGCAUAAACGUAUUGCUUCUAGUUAUAUUUUUUUAGUUUAGUUUUGUAAUCGUACACAUCCAUCAAAAUGAAUCGAAAAUUUUUAAACGUUAUAAUCCUCGGAUUUGGAUUUAUGUUCGUCUUCACUGCUUUUCAAACUAUGGGAAAUAUAGAGAAAACAGUGCUAGACAGCAUAUCUCACGAUGAUCCGGAAUUCACGGGAGAUGGAUACACGUCCCUGGCCAUCAUUUACGCUACGCUGGCCAUCUGCAACUGGAUGGCGCCUUCCAUCAUCACGAUCACUGGCCCGAGAGGCGCCAUGUUUAUUGGAGGACUUACAUACUUGUUCUUCAUCGUGACUUUCUUGUUCCCUCGCACUUGGUUGUUGUACGUGGCGAGCGUGCUGAUCGGCGCGGGCGCUGCUGCGAUAUGGACCGGCCAGGGUAACUACCUGACUCUCAACAGUGAUGCCGAUACCAUAUCUAGGAACUCUGGAGUCUUUUGGGCUAUGUUGCAGUGCAGCAUGUUUUUCGGCAAUCUGUUCGUGUUCAUAAAAUUCCAAGGCAAGACCCAAAUUGAUGUGGAGACCAGAAAUGUGGUGUUCGGCGCUUUGACGGGAGUGUGCGCGGUCGGCUUAGUUUUCCUCAUGCUGCUUAGACCUGCUAAGCGUAUGCCCAAUAUUGAAGAUGCCAAGGGAGAAAUUGUGACACACGACGUUCAGGACAGUCCUCUGGAUGCGUUCAAAGGUGCUCUGAGGCUGUUCUGUACCCGGGACAUGUUGUUACUGAGCGUCACCUUCAUUUAUACCGGUGUUGAGCUAUCAUUCUUCAGCGGCGUCUACAGUCCUAGUAUCGGAUUCACUCUGUCUAUGGGCGAGAAUGCAAAGCAACUGGUGGGCUUGUCAGGCGUCUUCAUUGGUAUGGGAGAAGUGCUCGGAGGUGCUCUAUUCGGUAUCCUUGGAUCCAAAACGACUCGUUGGGGCCGCGAUCCCAUCGUCAUUAUGGGCUACUUCAUUCACCUGGGCAGUUUCUUCCUCAUUUUCAUCAACUUACCCACCGUGGCACCCUUCGGAGACACUAACGAAGUCUCCUACAUAACCCCGUCACCACAGCUAGCGAUGUUCUGCAGUUUUCUGCUCGGCUUCGGCGAUGCGUGCUUCAAUACUCAAAUAUACUCGAUCCUGGGAGGCAAUUACUCGGAUAACAGUACCUCGGCGUUCGCUCUCUUCAAGUUUACUCAGUCACUGGCCGCAGCAGCAUGCUUCUUCUACUCAUCAAAGGCGCUCCUGUCAGUACAACUGCUGAUCCUCGGCGUGCUCGCGUCAGUGGGCACGGCGUGCUUCUGCCGCGUGGAGUGGGCGAGCCGCGCCCGCGCCCGCGCACUCGCGCUCGACGUCGACGACAAGGCCUCGCCCACCACGCACGCGCUCGCCGACAACGCGCUACACUACGACUGAACUACGCCGUAGCCGACUCUUGACUACGCCGUAGCACCGACUUACUGGUUUUAGAAACAGGGCUUACUCCGAAAAUUUUGGACUUGGGACAUCUGUGAUUUUGUGGCAUUUUUUGUCGUUUGAUUAGGAUCAAACAUUGCUACUUAUACCGCAUCAAGCAAGGAUGCUCUUUAAGUGUUGUAUAUUAUGUAAGAUAUGGGCAGAGCCUUAUACAACCCUAAAAUGCGUCCUGCUUUGCGGAGCGUACGUGUGAUGAGUUCGACUCGAAUAAAAUCAGGAUUUUAUAAUUAUCUAUUAAGAAUAUUCAUCAUCGAUAUCCUACAGUAAACUAAAAAGUAGUAAAUCCUUGGUGUCUAAAAUUAUUAAUAUUCCGGCGUGUGAAAUAUUGUGUGAUGGCAAAAGGCCAGCCCGAGGCAGCCUGAACUGAAGAAGUGUAAAUAGAAGUGAAGCUUAGAAUAAGGAAAUAUUAUAAUAAAAAAUAUCAACCGUAAACAACACAUCUCUAAAGAAUGAUAAUGCGUAUGUAGAUCUUCGUUUUCAAAUAUUAUAAUCGGCGAUGCGCUUGCGAGUUAACCGUGCCGCGAAAGCGCAAGCGCAGUGACGAUUUAAAUGUCGUACACACGUAGUUCUUAAAAUUAAUCGAUAAGUAUUGAAAUUAACUAUUUUCUUGAAUAAAAUUCGAAUUGUAUUUGAUAUAAAAAUCUUCUUUAUUUCAUAUUGAAGUAUUAUUACUGAAUGUAUUUUAUUUAAGGACUCUAUGUGUGGAUACAGUUCAGUAUAAACUUAACUAAAAAUAAUUUUCUGUAAAGUUGGGUAUGAAUUAUGAAAAAUACCAAUUUUGGCUGUGUCAUGCUCAUCUGUAUAGGUUAAUUUAAAUUUGACAAUCCUUGCACAUAAAAUAAAAAAACAAAUCAAAAGUCAUUUAUUCAAAGUAGGCUGAAAAUCAGCACUUUUUGAACGUCAAAUCUACAAAAGACAGCCCCCAAAACGCCCGCCCUUCACCACUUCCUAUGUGUUUUUGCUGGGAAGAAGAAGUGGUGGAACAAACUCCAUAUAUGAAAUGAUACGUGUUUUUCACUCAAAACCCAUGUCCAUGGUGUAUCCAUAAUGUAGAAUAUAAGCAAAAUAUAGCCAGCUUUAAAGUGAAAGGUGACACAUUGAAUGAAACAGGGAACUAUUUAUUGUUUUGUAUCCAAAAUAUUUCUAAAUAUACUUUAUAAUAUGAUUUCAUCAAUCAUUUUGAGAUUCGAUCAUAUUUAUAUGUGUAUGAUAUUAUUAAUGUAUGAAAGGCAGGGUGGUGCUCUACUCCUAUUCUUGAGUGUAAAAAGUGUAAAAUAUUUUUGUAUAGAAAGUAAUAUAUAUCAUUAUGUAGAUAAAAUAGGACUUCUAGUCACAAAACUCGAGGUUUAUAAAUGAAAUCAUGGAAUUUAAAUCAACUCAUACACAUCCAAACAUUCCUUGUUUAUUGUUGUUUUGUCAAGUUAUUUUGUAGAUGGUAUGUUAAUUUAAUAUUACAUCUGUUAUUUCUUUGUUUUGGUAACAUGUAAUGUAACAUUCCUUAACUUCUAAUCCCAAAAUUAAAUUUAAAAAUGCCUAAACAUAGAAGUGCAAAGUGCAUCAACACUCGCAAUGGCUCAGAUCUAACAGCAAAAUAAAUAUGUAAACGUAAAUAAAAACAUUACCCAUUAAUUAGUUGCAGUCAAUAACAAAAGUGCUCUUUUUACUGUCUGUCUAGUCUUAUAAUCCAAUUCUAAAACUCUAGUUGACUGUACUUUUAAGCAAUUGAUGUAAAAUAAAAAUAUUUUAAUAACA